CUCUUUGUACGUAUUCUUUAACCAUUUUGUCGUUCUGUACUUUUCUAUAAUCAUUGCUAUCGAAUUAUAAACUGUUAACGGCGGUAAGCUAGAUUGAAAACAUUUUAAUUUUAAGGUUGAAUAAACCACGUGUGAUAGAAGAAGCAAAGAAGCAGUUUGGUUACAUUCCUUACUUUUGGCCUGCUAAAGAUGCCGCGCACAAAACAUGUUCGGAAACCAAAACAAGAACGGCACUCUGCAGAAGAAAGUGACUUAUUAAUCAAAGAUUUUGAACGACAGGCACAUUUGCGAAUAUCUAAGCUGGAGGCAGAAUCAAAAAUGGCGAUAAAAGGUCUUGAAACUUUUGUUGAUGUUACCUUAUCUCGACUUCCGACUGAGAUACGACAGAUGACUCUUGGCGAGAUACUCAAUUGUAAGGCUGGCGAAGAGAAAGAAAAUUGUAAUGAAGUUUCGUCGUCCAUCGACGACCAUUCACUAAGAUUGGCUCCAACGGAGAAAAGAAAGAAAGUUGGUAAAAGAAUUACUAGCGGGACGGACGAUGGAUACGUUACUGAAGGUGUUACGACAACGCGUACAUCAAGAGCUAGAAAAGUCGCACCUCCUACUGCUAGAAGAACACGUAGUACCUCAAGAAAUAGUAAACGGAAGCUUAGUGAAAUAAACCAAGAAACUAUAAGAAAGACAAUAAAGAAAGAACAAAUCAAGGAAUCUAUGAAAAUUGACAAAUUUAGAACUCCUGCUGCUACAAAACCUGGGUUCAACGAAUUUGAUCUUGUAACUCCAAAAAUAAAACCUAAUACACCAUUAAAUGUAUUAAGACGUCCAAGGCAAGGAGAAAUGGUUCUUAGCAUGCAAGGUAGCCCCUUAUUGGUUUCUGCGGUUAUUCAAGAAGACAUUGCUAACAUCAAUGUACCUUUGCGUAAUGGCAAUGUUAUGUCCUUAUUACCUAAUGAUGGUUUACGUAUGUCACACAUUCCUACAUUAGAUGCAGAAACCAUGAAACAGCUAGAAACUCUAAAAAGUCACAUUGAGAAAGUUAUCUCAACAAAAUAGUUAAGAUAAUCAUAAGGUAGAUUUUUAUAGGAUCCAUUUCUCGAGUUGUCAUUGCGUGUCAAUGAAAUUGAUUUUAGAUCAAAGUAUCUUUUGGAUUGUGUCAUAAUUUUAUUGCAAAUAACGAAUGAAAUAAAUGUUAUUAUAUGUUCAUUUAAUAUAUA